AUGACAAUGGCCAACGGCGGCGAGGUUCACCCUUCCGCUGCCAACGGCGGAGAGAAGGGCGGAACCAAGCCGUUCAAGAUCUUCGUCGGUUACGAUCCGCGCGAAGAUCUGGCGUACAAGGUCUGCCGACACUCCAUCCUCAAGAGAUCUUCCAUCCCGGUCGAGAUUCAUCCGAUCAUCCAGUCCGACCUCCGGAAGAGCGGCCUGUAUUGGCGGGAGCGAGGCAAGCUGGAGAGCACCGAGUUCUCCUUCUCCCGUUUCCUCACCCCGCACCUGGCCGAUUACGACGGGUGGGCAAUGUUCGUCGACUGCGAUUUCCUCUAUCUGGCCGACAUCAAGGAGCUCCACGAUCUGGUCGACGAUAAGUACGCCAUCAUGUGCGUCCACCAUGACUACACCCCGAAGGAAACCACCAAGAUGGAUGGCGCGGUUCAGACCGUUUACCCGAGGAAGAACUGGUCUUCAAUGGUGCUCUACAACUGCGGGCACCCGAAGAACAAGGUGCUGACCCCAGAAGUUGUGAAUACCCAGACGGGUGCUUAUCUGCACAGGUUCCAGUGGCUUGAUGAUCAAGAAAUUGGGGAAGUGCCCUUUGUGUGGAACUUCCUGGAGGGACAUAACAAGGCUGUGGAAGGUGAACCUUCCACCUUCCCCAAGGCCAUACAUUAUACCAGGGGAGGGCCGUGGUUCGACGCGUGGAAGAAUUGCGAGUUUGCAGACCUGUGGUUGGAUGAGAUGGAGGACUACAUGAAGGAUACCAAGAAAUCAAGCGGGAACUGA